AUGAGUGACUAUUCUGAUAAGCAGCACCUUACGACGUUGAAGAUUCUUAUCAUCGGAGAGAGCUAUGUAGGAAAAUCCAGUUUGCUGCUUCGGUACACUGAUGAUGUGUUUUCAAAUGACGUCGGAGCCACUAUUGGCGUGGACUUCAAGAACAAGAAGAUAACACUCGAUAACAACAUCAUCAACCUGGCCAUCUGGGACACGGCCGGCUCGGAGCGAUUUAGAGCACUAACGCCCAGUUUCUAUCGUGGCGCCCACGGGGCCAUCUUGGUGUACGACGUCACCGCCCGGCCGACCUUCGAGAAGCUGAACACCUGGCUGGAGGAGUUGAACAGCCACGCGGACAAGCCGGGCAUUGUGAAGAUGCUGGUGGGCAAUAAGAUCGACAAGGAGGGCCGCGAGGUGAGUCGGAAGGAGGGCAUGAGCUGGGCCCGGGCGCACAACACCCUUUUCAUUGAGGCCAGUGCCAAGACCAAGGAGGACGUGGAGUGCGCCUUCGAGGAGCUGGUGGAGAAGAUCAUCCAGACGCCCGGGCUGUGGGAGCCAAGGCACUCCUCCUCCUCGGGUGACCCCAGCAAAGUCAACCUGGACCAGCCAAAGGAUGGACAGGGCUCAGGCGUUGGUGCCUGCUGUAAUUGGAUAUAA